UUUUACUCGACAGAAAACGUAUUUUCAUAGUAUUUAUCGACCUCCGUCUCCGUCUCUCUUCCUUUUUUUAUUUUAUUUUUUAUCUGUUAACAAUCUGAUAAUUACUCUAUUUAAGGAUUAAUGAAAUCUCUUGGCGUUUUACGUCUGUUUCUUGAGCUGGAGAAGGCAGGUCGCUAGCGGAGGCGAUCACAGAGUUUUCUUCAUUUCAAUUCUCAGAGGAACUCGGGAUUUCUUCUACACUUUCCAUUUCAGUUGAUCUCUCUCUCUCUCUCUCUCUCGUCCAUUAACAAUCUGCUGUCUCACCUCUUUUCAUGUUUGGCAUUCCUUUGACCUCAUAAGCUGGCAGACCCCUCUCUUGCUACAUUUUGAUUUUAAUUUCUUGUCGACGAUACAGUCCAGAAAUUGUAAAUAUAAUGGGAAUCUUUUCGCGCAGUGCUGCUGGUAGAAAACCAAAUGAGACCAUUAAGAUAAUCUUAACGACCUUUCUUGGAGUAGCUUUUGGUUUCUUGAUAGGAGUAUCUUUUCCGACCUUGUCAUUGACUAAGCUGAAUAUCUCACCCAACUUCAUUCCUUCCAUUGAUAUCUCGUACAAAGAGGGCCUCACACCUCAAAACACUCGGUCUUCUAAGGGUAACAAUAGUGGUUCAAUGCAAGCACCAAAUUUGAACAAUACAUCAAAGAUUUGGGUCCCUUCAAAUCCUCGUGGUGCUGAGCGACUACCACCAAGAAUUGUUGCAGCUGAGUCAGACUUGUAUUUGCGCAGAUUGUGGGGUAAUCCCAAUGAGGACUUGACCAGCACACCAAAAUAUCUUGUAACCUUCACUGUUGGCUACGAUCAGAGAAUGAAUAUUGAUGCAUGUGUUAAAAAGUUUUCAGAGAACUUUACUAUCCUUCUAUUCCAUUAUGAUGGACGAAUUGCUGAAUGGGAUGAAUUUGAGUGGUCCACGCGUGCUAUUCACGUGAGUGUCCGGAGACAGACUAAAUGGUGGUAUGCUAAGAGGUUUUUACAUCCUGAUAUUGUGGCACGAUAUGAUUACAUAUUUAUCUGGGACGAAGACCUGGGAGUUGAGCAUUUCAAUGCAGAAGAAUAUAUAAAACUAGUGAAGAAGCAUGGAUUGGAGAUUUCACAGCCUGGUUUGGAACCUAGCAAAGGAUUAACAUGGCAGAUGACAAAGAGAAGAGAUGACCGUGAAGUUCACAAAAUAACGGAUGAGAAACCAGGCUGGUGCACCGACCCACAUCUGCCACCAUGUGCAGCGUUUGUUGAAAUCAUGGCUCCAGUGUUUUCACGAGAUGCUUGGCGCUGUGUGUGGUAUAUGAUUCAGAAUGACUUGAUCCAUGGUUGGGGUCUUGAUUUUGCUCUUAGAAAAUGUGUAGAGCCUGCCCAUGAAAAGAUUGGAGUUGUAGAUUCCCAGUGGAUUGUUCAUCAAGGUGUUCCCUCUCUUGGGAGCCAGGGCGAGUCACAAAAUGGAAAGGCACCAUGGCAAGGGGUAAGGGAGAGGUGCAGGAAGGAGUGGACAAUGUUUCAGACCCGGCUGACCAGUGCAGAAAAUGCAUAUUUUAGGGCAGCAGGGCUUGAUCCUUCCAAUUCUAAUGGUCACUAAAGAAGGGCAAGUAUAGAAGCUUAGUGUACACUACCAUAACGACUACACAGACUAGGUUUGAUACAAAUCUGUAGAAUUCAUCACUGUAUGACAGCUUUUUUGUAUUAGUGAAUCGCAAUUUUUCACUUGUUAAUUUAAAAACAUCCUAAACACUCGUAGAGUUGUGCAGGAGAAAGAAGUUAGUUUCAUGUUUCUUAAA